AUCAAGCGACCUCAUCAUAAUAAAAUAAACCCCCAAAACCCAGAACAAGCACCAAACCCAUGGACUCAUCAUCGCCAUCAGUAUCGGCUCUGCAAUUCGCAUUGGCGGCACUAUUCGGAGCCUCGGUUGUAGCUCUCUCAGCUUUCUAUGUCCACAAACGCAGCGUCGACCAAGUCCUCGACCGCCUCAUCAAGCUUCGCCGCAAGUCCCCUCCUCCCGUCGAGGAUCGCUUCUUCAUUUCCGAUGAAGAUGCCGAGGACGAGCAACACUACACAGACGUUCUCGCUUAUGGUGGAGAGAGAGACGAGAGUGAUGAUAGGGAGUAUAUGUGGAGGGAUGGUGUGUUUACUUCAUUGGGUGAUGAUAGUGUGAUUAAUGGCUAUAGAAUUUCGUGUUCGAUGCCGAAUGUUUGUUCAUCGAGUGGGUGGAUGAAUGACGAGGCGAAUACGGAUAGGCGAAUGAGUUUUGGAGCUAAUCAGGCUUUGUCGAAUUCUUUGAAUAAUCUCAGUUUGAUCUCUUCAAAUCUACAGUCUCUUCGAACUGAUCUAAGAGAUGCAAAGGAUCAGUAUGGUGAUAAUUCUGGUUCUAAGAUGCGUGUGGAGUUUGGUGGUAGGCUAAUGACUCCAAUAUCCUUGGGUGGUUAUGCAUUUGAAAGUGCGGGGGAUUCUGAUGAGGAAGGAACCGAAUUUGAAACGGGAGACGAGUUCCUUUUCACCAAUGAGAACAUAAAUUCUUCAGCUGAACUUGAAAAAGAUAUCAAUUCAAGCAUCCAUAAUCCAUCCAAUGUACCAUCAAAAGCUGAUAAUGUGAACCACAUGCAAGUUCAAAGAUGCACAUCAAUUGCAAACAAAGAAAAUGUCAGUGUAGACCAUGGCGAUGGAAAGAUAAAUACAGGAUCAGUGCACGUUAUCGGGAAUGAUCCCAUGUUUGCCAGCAGUACUGUACCUUUGACAAUUUCAGUCCAUGAGUCAACAAACAUCGAAGAUGAACAAGUGCUGAAGAUGAUCCGUGAGUGUUUAGAUCUGCGGGAUAAAUAUGUUUUCCGUGAAAAAGUUGCUCCCUGGAUGCAGGAAACUGGGGGAAAGUCUAGCCCUUCAAAUGUCAACAGUGAUCCAUUUCACUUUGUGCCUUUUGAAACAACCUCUCACUGCUUUAGGAUGGAAGAUGGAGUUGUACACAUCUAUGCAAGGGAAAAAGAUACUGAAGAUCUUUUCCCUGUUGCAAGUUCAACGACUUUUUUUACGGAUAUGCAUCACAUCCUUAAAGCAAUCUCCAUUGGAAAUGUUCGUUCUGUGUGUCAUCUCCGACUAAGAUUUCUUGAGGAGAAAUUCCGCCUUCAUCUGUUAGUACAUGCAGAUCGAGAGUUUUAG